AUGUGCCAAAGAGUGGAAGACCUGCUGGAAGCCUGUGAUAAGUGGGAUUUGUCGAUCAGUGUAGCCAAGAGCUUCUGGGGCACGGAUAAGAUCGGAGGUUUGAAGGCAAGCCCGAAAGAAUUGAAAUCGUUGACCGAUCUGCCAUUCCCCGGAUCGCUGCGAUCUAUGCAGUCGUUCCUGGGCAGUCUGAAUUAUUGCAGCCGAUUCAUCGAAGAUUACGCUAUCUAUGACUCGGUACUCUACAAAUUACGAGAAGUUGAGUUUGCAGAAUUGGAGAAACGAUCGGAUCUGAGGGAGAUCUUGGACCGGAAUGACCCGAUCGUUCGAGAUCGCGAUCCACCGGAACUGAAGUUGACGGCACCAGUGGAAGAGAGAUGGAUCAGGGCACAUAUAACCUUCAUCACCCUGAAAACGAAGAUCGCGACGACCCCAGUCCUCCGCCAUUUCGACGAGACGAGAACGCCGGUAGUUAUCGUAUAUGCCAGUAAUUGGGCGAUAUCCGCUUCGUUGACGCAAGAACAAGACGGGAUCUACCAUCCGACGAACGAGUUGAAUUACAAUUUGACUGAGAAGGAGGUGUUGGCAUUGCUGAGGAUCUUGGAUCUCUAUUAUAAUUUGCUAGUAGGACGCGAGAUCCGGGUCCUGACGAGACAUUCCACGUUGGCCUGGCUGUUCAAGUCGACGGGAUUACAGAGUCGCCUGGGACAAUGGUUUGCCCUCCUGGCACCAUGGACACUCGAGAUCACGAAGUGCACAAAGGGUGAGGAUGAGAUACUGGGGGGAUCGCCGCUAAUUGACGACGCUCUGACUGAAAUCGCUCCCCGGAAAGAACCUAACCGCCGGAUCCAAGCGCCGAUACCCACCGUAGAUCGGGACGAGGAACUAUGGGUGAUCAGCUUUGAUGGAUCCGCUCGGGUAAAGGGUGGUGGAGGCGCGUUCAACGCGAUCGUGUGGAGUCUGCCCGGAUGGGAGGUUAUCAAGGCCAGAUCAGGUUAUCUCGAGAGUCUCACCGUGAAUGAAGCAGAAUAUAACGGCCUGAUCCUGGGGUUAGACAUGCUCGAGGACCUAGAUCGCAGACGCCUGGUGGUUUGUGGUGACUCCAACUUAGUGAUCCGACAAGUACGGGGUGAGGUCGAUUGCAAAGCACCCAGACUGACGCUAUUGAAGCGGAAAGCCCUCGAUCGCCUGAGGAAAUGGAGGGAUCAUGAGCUGGUACACGUCAAGAGGGACUGGAACGGAAGUGCCGACAGUCUAGCAAGCCCCGCUUUGCAACGACAAAAGGGGAUCGAGGUCCAGGAGGGCCCCGGGUACCAGGACCUGGUCACCUUGAACUGGUUAGACGAAAUAUUGAUCCCCAAGAUCGAGAAUCAAGUAGUGCGAGUUGCUGCGGUCACCACUCGAGCUGGUCGAGCCAGAUCACCGGCGGGUGUCAUGGAAGAGGGUUUGAUCCGCGAAAUCCGAAUCGAUCGGAUCAAGCGGGCCCAAGAGGAAGAAGUCUGGAUCGCCGGCAUGAAGAAGUAUCUGAGUGGCUCGAUCGCAGAUCUCCCCCAAGCGGAAGCUAGAUCGUAUAGCAAGAUCGCGACUGACUACGAGGUGGACGAGCACGAUCUACUCUUCUACUGCCCCCCCCGCGCCGAGAUCUGGAGACGAUCGAGACCGAUUGAUGAGAUUGUCCCCGAAACGCUACAAUCGGACGUUUUACACCACUAUCACACCACGGUGGAAGGAGGACAUCAGGGAGUGGGGCGAACCUACCAGCGGAUCAGGGAUCACUUCCAUUGGAGGGGAUUAUACCGGAGCGUUCAGCGAUAUGUGGGGGAAUGUGUGGAUUGCGAGACAGGAAAAGGAAGACCAGUGAUCCGGGGUGAAUCACCGGGGAACUUGCAGGCGACGUACCCGUUCCAGAUUAUUGCGAUGGAUCACAUACCGUCGCUACCCAGAUCACACAAGGGGUCACUGAAUUAUUGA